GUGGCGCCAGAGAGACAUCCCCACACAUACACACGACAUAUACACACAUACACUCACGCGCCGCUCCGCUAAAGAUGUGAAAAUGGCGGAGCUACAAAUGCUUCUGGAAGAGGAGAUUCCAGCAGGACGAAGCGCACUACUAGACAGUUUCACCAAUUUGGAAAGAGUAGCGGAGUACUGCGAAAGCAACUAUGUCCAGUCUCCAGAUAAGCAGAGGGCGCUGGAGGAGACCAAGAACUACACCACCCAGUCUCUUGCCAGCGUCGCUUACCUGAUCAACACACUCGCCAACAAUGUCCUCCAGAUGCUGGACAUCCAGGCCUCGCAGCUCCGCCGCAUGGAGUCCUCCAUCAACCACAUCUCACAGACGGUGGACAUCCACAAAGAGAAGGUAGCCCGGCGGGAGAUCGGCAUCCUCACCACCAACAAGAACACGUCUCGCACACACAAGAUCAUCGCCCCAGCCAAUCCCGAGAGGCCUGUGCGCUACAUCCGCAAGCCCAUCGACUACAGCAUGCUAGACGACAUGGGCCAUGGAGUCAAGUGGUUGCAAAGGUUUAAGGCCAGCGCCCAGAACAUGAAGGCCGGAGGCGGUGGACUCCCUCGCACAAACCCCCCCACACAGAAGCCCCCCAGCCCGCCCAUGUCGGGGAAAGGGACCCUUGGGCGCCACUCCCCCUAUAGGACGCUCGAGCCGGUGCGUCCGCCCGUUGUCCCUAACGACUACGUCUCGAGCCCGACGCGCAACAUGGCGCAGCCCCAGCAGAGCCCUACACGCACUGCAUCCGUUAAUCAGAGGAACCGCACGUACAGCAGUGGGAGCAGCGGAGGCAGCCAUCCCAGCAGCAGUCGCAGCAGCAGCCGAGAGAACAGCGGCAGUGGCAGCGUGGGCGUGCCCAUCGCCGUGCCAACCCCAGCCCCACCCACCGCCUUCCCAGGCGCUCCUCAGUUCUACAGCAUGAACCGCCCGGUGCAGCCGCUCCAAAACUCGCAGGUGGGAGGCUCGCUGCCGUACCGCCGACCCGCGUCUGUCACCGGUCAGCCCAACAUGGCCCACAACCAGACCCAGCUCAACGGGGGACCACACUUUGCCCAGAACCCAGCCGGCCCACUCGCGCCCCCUCCCCCCUCCAUGCAGAUCACCCCUCAGCUGCCUCUGAUGGGCUUUGUGGCCCGAGUUCAGGAGACUAUCUCAGACGUGCCGCCUCCACCUCCGCCCGCCGAGGAGCCGGUGUUUGAGGAACCCACCCCUCCUCCUCCUCCGCCGGAGGACUACGAGGACGACGAGGAUGAAGAAGAGUCGGCGGUGGUGGAGUACAGUGACCCGUACGCCGAGGAGGACCCGCCCUGGGCCCCGCGCACCUACAUGGAGAAAGUGGUGGCAUCUACGACUACGCCCGCGCAAGGAGGAUAGCUCUCGUUUCCAGGAGGCGCCAUCAUCGUUAGUCA